AUGGGAGCAAAACACAAAGCUGGUCUAAUAACCACAGGCUCAGCCAGCCGGUGGACCAAGGCUGACCUGAAGCUCCUCAUUACAAAGCUUAAAGAGGGCCUCUCGCUAGAACAGAUCGUCAAAGAUCAUUUGCCAGGCAAGAGCGUUAGAUCUUGCCGGGAUCGAGCUCGGCCCUUCCUGUGGACCGGUCAGUUACCGGAAUCAUGCCUACAAACAUCUACCCCAGGAAAGCGCAGAGGACGGCCAAGGACCCGGCAUUUACCCAGUCCAGAACCAAAAGCCUCAUCCUCCAAACAUCAGCUGAGGGACAAGCGGGGACGUUAUGCAUGUCAAUCUGGUAGUCCUCCUGACAAUCAUGCACGCAUGGUCGGAGACCGAGAGAACGAUGUCCGGGAAACGGACACUGACUCUCUCCCAGACGAUGAUAGCAACUACAUCGUGAGCGAGACAGAGGACGAAGAAUCCGCGACUGAGGUUGGUCCCGCUCGUGAUGCAGCCAUUCAAUCCGAUGCGAGCCCGUCAGACACAGGCCCUCGCGCACCUGAUUCAAGCAUCUCAAUCAAUGAUGGACGACAGAUCAACCAAGUUUCUUCGAUUGAGACUGGCGUACCUGACCUUCAAGGCGUCAAGGAUCUCUGCAAAGAGACCAAAAAUUUCAACCGUGAAAUUUCCACUGCGAAUGGGGAUGACGUAGCGAAUAUGGGAGAGUGGCUGAUGAAGUUUGGGGGCCUGGAGAGUCGACACAUUGAAUGGGCAUUUCGAUACCGAACCCUGAUGCAGGAGCACACUGACCACGCUUCUCCGGGGCUCUCGCAGGGCCGGAUCCUUCAUCUGUGGUCAUGGAUCUCACUCUGUGCUCCUGUAGCUUAUCACAAACGGCUCUGGGCCUUCAGCUGCAUGCAAAAACGAUCUGACUUCUUCGCGAUGGAAUGCGUGAAUGCCGCAAAGGAGAUUGUGCUAAUUGUCGAACGAUAUCUUGCGAAGCCUUCAGUGGGGAUCACAAGAGACUUGUCCCAUGCCUUAUGCUUUGCUCGAAAAGUCCUUUCAGACCACGCACUGUAUCGCGAAUCACCUAAGGCAACAAUCUUUGAGAAGAUAUCACAGCUACUUGCAGCUAUUGAGCAACGGUCGAACUCCGCCAUUCCGGCAAAUUCAAUGACAUUGGAAAAAGAACACGGUGAAGAUCAGCAGGCUGCGGCCGCGCUGCGAGCGCCCUAUCCCAGCAGUGUUCAUUUGCCUAGUGUCGUCACGUCCGACUCACGUGCACCAAACGAAGAGAGUCCAUACAACGGCAGUAGAAUUGACCAGUCUGAUAAGUCCCCGGACAACCACAUUAUUCGUCCGUCUCCCGUACAACACGCAGCAAACCUACCCACAGUCGACAAUACAAGCGGGGAUCUCCAGCAGAAAAGCGAUGCUCCAUUCCCGGAUAUAGCGUCGUACGACCCGUACGACGCUUCUUUCGAGGUGAGAGUUCACGUUCUUUUGAGUAGCGAAAUUCCAUUUGAUUGCAUCCCCUAA